AUGCAUACAAAGCAGCAGCUUCCAACGCACGACAGCAACUUAGAGGAUAACCAAGCUGCCCAGAUCAUUAUAACCCAGAUUAGCGUCCUCAUUACAAGUCUCAACAGGUACAAUUGCCGUGAAAUAGAGCAAGAGAUACACAGCAUCUUAGAGAGAUCGCCACUCAACGUAUAUCUCAAGUACUGGAAGAGAGUGUUACCGUUAGUUUCGGUUCACAUAAAGUCACACCAUAAGCUUGAUAUUGAAGAGGACCCUCUACAUCAUCUGGUGUACCGCUUACUGCAGGAUCUCAAAUACAGAAACACCGACGUUGUCGAGGCAGUUAGAACGCAAGUUUUGCUGAACCCUAAUUCUGAGGCCCAUACAAGCUUGAACCUCCAAGACAUUAUCCAGACUCUAGACCCAGUGGUUGAUCAGCAAAUAAUCAGCCAGCUUGACCCAUCUGCUACAAUUAGACGUUUGACGAAAUUAAAGAACCUCACAAUGAAUGCUGCUCAGUCUUUACAACAUUUCUUGGCCACAGAAUCUCCAAGUACUUUGGAACAAAAUUUGAGUAGCUUACUGUGCUCACUGCGUGGUGAAAACUUGAAUGACUUUGUUGCUCUGAUUCUCUCUGAGCUCUUGGCUCCAGGAUCGCAAAAUAUACAACAAACGGGCUCUGCAUGGUUCACCCCCGUGGCGAUCGGCGAAGCAGGCCAAAGGGGUAGUCAAGUUUCCAAUGCCUUGACCAAGUUAGGUCCAUCAGCGGUUAAUUGGAAUCGCGUUUUCAAUCUCAUGUCCACCAAAUACUUUCUGGAUCGUCCAAUAUCUGUUUCAUUGGCAUCGCUGAAUGCACUUGUAGCAGCUCUAAAUCGGGGCCGAUUAAUCGAUCAAUUUCUAGGCUGUGAUUGGAAUGCUCAGUUCAAACUUAAUGUUUGCCUUCUUUUCCACAAAUGGAAUCUACAACAGGGUUGUGUUGAUCUUUUAAGCAUGCCAGAUAUUAAGAAAAUUUCUAACGGCCUCUCAAGUGCAAACUCCAAGGACACUUUACUCUCUCUAAGAUCAAUUGCAAGACUAGAUGUGGAGAUUUUUCUUUUGCGGGAGGAGCUAUCGGGGAAUCCAAUGCUGCCAGUGUUCCAAGAAUGCUUCUUCGAGGAUUACGAUUUUGCCCCGGAGUUUCUGGCUUUAGCUGUGAUGACCGAGGCGAAACACUUCUCGAUGAUAGUUGACAAUGCCGCAAUUAUUGACGAUCUACUUAUUACCCUACUCGUAAAAGUCUUCGAGAAGAUGCCCUCUUCGCUUUCUGACUUGAUAAAGCAAUUGCCGUUUGAUAAAGUAAUUGACUUGGGUCUUGUAAUAAUUCGCAAGGACUCAUCGCCUUUAUCAGGGUUGACGCAAAUCCUUUACGAUGAAAAGCAGCUAGAACAAUUUUUAGGUUCAUUACCUUUUUCAGAGGCUUUGAAAGCUACCGCCAGCGCUAAUAAAGUUGGCUGGACAGGCUUCGAAGAAUUUUUGAAAACAAAACUUACAAAUGAAACAGUGCCGGUCAUGCUCGAUUUUCUAGAAAUUCAAGCCAAAAUGGAUGAAUCCAAUACUCCUUUUUUUACCUCAAAAGUAUACGACCUGCCUGCAUUGCACUAUGCGGUCACUCUUCUGAGCUCGUUCAACUUGAACCAAGCGCAAAGAGAGAAUCUAGAAGACAUUCAAUUCUCCCUCAUACUUGCUUUCCCUAGACUGAUAAAUUUUGGUUUUGGACACGACAAGGCCAUCUUAGCCAAUGGGGACCUUGCCACUAUCCCAAUGGAUGUUGAAAAGGAAAUGCAAAACUACCUUCAAAAAAUGUACAGUGGAGAGUUAGCUAUCAAGGAUGUCAUCGAAAUUUUAAGGAGGUUGAGGGAUAGCGAUGAUCCACAUGAUCAAGAUCUGUUUGCAUGUAUGACUCAUGCAGUAAUUGCCGAGUCUAACUUUUUCAAAGAUUACCCAUUAGAAGCGCUGGCCACUACUUCCGUACUCUUCGGCUCUAUGAUUUUAUUUCAGCUUCUGAGAGGAUUUGUUCUCGAUGUUGCGUUUAACGUUAUUCUUAAAUUUGCGCGAGACGGCACAGAUUCCAAGAUGUUUAAGUUCUCGGUUCAGGCCCUGUAUGCAUUUCGCAUGAAGCUCAAAGAAUUUCCUCAUUAUUGCAGGCAUUUGAUUGAGGCAGUGCCAGCGCUUCAAAGUCAACCUCAAAUUUUUCAAACUCUAAGCCAAGCAGCAUCACAAGCUUCAGAUCGUGCGAGCACUGUGCAAAGCAAAAUCCGUAGAGCACCAGAAAUGAUGGCGUUGAAUUUUUUCUCUAUCAAUGAAGUUCCUCCAAAAGUUAUUCAAGAAACUCCACCUAAAGAGGUGACAGAAAAAAUACUUUUCAUCGUCAAUAACAUUACUGAAGAUAACUUCGCUGGUAAGAUAGAUGGCUUCAAAUCAAAUCUCAAAGAGAGUUACUAUGGCUGGUUUUCCAACUAUUUAGUAAAUGAGCGCGCGAAGACCGAACCAAAUUACCAUUCGCUUUAUUCAAGACUUGUGAACUCGAUGGAUUCCAAGUUGCUUAAUGACUACGUGUUAAACGCUACAUAUAAGCAGCUAUUCUUACUACUGUCCAUGAAAGAAGUUCAACCCAAUGAGAAAAAUCAUUUGAAGAACUUAGGCUCAUGGCUUGGCAGUAUCACACUUGCAUCCAACAGAGCCAUAAAAUAUAGCAAUAUCGCGUUCAGGGAACUACUGCUUGAUGCUCAUCGUGGAAGUCGUCUUGAGAUCGUGGUUCCAUUCGUCACAAAGGUGUUGCAACAGGCAGCUAACUCGAAAGUAUUCAGACCGCCCAAUCCUUGGACCUUGGGAAUUUUGAAAGUAUUACGCGAGUUGAAUGAAAAGGCUGAGUGGAGGUUAAACCUUACUUUUGAGGUUGAGGUGCUGUUUAAGGCAUUGAAAAUUAAGAUGAUCGAUGUGGAGCCCUCGGCUUAUAUUGAUAACCCAGACAGUAUGGCUAUUCUCAGUGGCCAAAUAAAUGCUUUAACUGUGGAGCAGCAACAGACUGAGCAACAACAGCAAGUCACCAUAAUGCAACAGUAUCAACAACAAUUUCUGUUGAUGCAACACCAGCAACAGCAGUCGCAGCAGACCCCACAACCGCCGCUGCCCCUACAACAACCACCGCCACAACAACAACAACAACAGCAACAACAACAGCAACAACAUCAACAACCACAAUCACACCAGCAAACCCAAAACAGACUGCCUGCGGGGAUUCCUGCAGGUUUAGACCAACCUCCCACAAGUGAAGGAAAUCCGAGCGAUACCCCAUUCAGUACAUUACUUGGUAGUACCUUAUUUGUCACUCAUCCAGACUUGAAGCGUGUAUUUCAAAUGGCUCUUGCCAAGUCCGUUCGUGAGGUUUUGGUCCCAGCCGUUGACAAAUCAUCGAGUAUCGCAGUUAUCACCACAGUUAAUAUUAUUUUGAAGGACUUUGCAACCGAAGUCAAUGACAUAAAACUGAAAUCUGCGGCAGUUACGAUGGUGCGUCAUUUAGCACAGAGUUUAGCUCGUGCUACGUCGAUUGAACUUCUGAAAGAUACAAUACGAUCUACAACCCAAUCACUGGCUCCCAACCUCAUGAAUGUUCCUAAUUCACCAAUUGAGGAGCUUAAUACUGCUAUAAAUGACAACAUUGGAAUUGCCUUGGCGCUCAUUGAAAAGGCCACCGUCGACAAAGCGAUUUUGUACGUUGGAGAACAACUAAUGCAAGCUGUUGCGGUCAGAAGGUAUCACAAAGAGAGAAGGUCCGAUCAGUUAUUUCUUGCUCAGAAUGCUAGUACCUAUUCUCUGAACCUUCCGGAGCCUCUCGGGUUAAAGGCUUCUGGUGUCACUCCUCAACAGUUCAAAAUAUACGAAGAGUUCGGGAAUGGGGCUUCGCUCGAUAAAGGGCUUGUUAGCAGUAAUCCGGGCUUAUCGACAGAAGGCUCCGUAAGCUCCUCUCAAUCGCAGGGUUUGAACCAACAGUUGAUACAACAACAACAACAACAACAACAACGUGAAGAAUUGCAACAACAUCAGCACCUCCAGAAGCUCCAGCUACAGCAACAACAGCAGCAACAGGAGCAACAGCAACAACUUCAAAAGCUCCAAAAGCUACAGCAGCAGCAAGAACUACAACAACAACAACAACAACAACAACAACAACAACAACAGCAACAACAGCAGGAAGUACAACAGCAACAACAACAACAGCAACAACAGCAACAGCAACAGCAACAACAACAACAACUUUUGAUGCAGCAAUUACAGCAGCCACAGGGCCAAUCCCAGCCUGGAACUCCACAGUUACAGCCCCAAGCUGCAAUUCAAUUAGAGCUUGAACAAAGCCACAGGGUUCUAGUUCUUCUUAUGGAUAACCUGGUUGCUCAAAUAAAGGAUAAUGCCACUAAGACGCUCGCGACUUUGGGACCAGAAAAUGGUAUCAACGAUAUUUUACUCCAAAUUUUAACGCUCAUCUCAAGAAGUAACCAGAAAGAUCAGCUGGCUCUCAAGGUUUCACAAGCUGUUGUGAACAGCAUGUUUGCCACCAGUGAAAGUUUACUGUGUCGCGAGGUUCUGUCGCUGCUAUUAGAGAAGCUCUGUUCCUUGUCCGUUGUGGCGAGGAAAGAUGUUGUAUGGUGGUUAGUUUACGCGCUUGAUGUUCGGAAGUUCAAUGUCCCUGUCAUUAGAUCACUACUGGAAGUCAAUCUCAUAAACGCAACAGAGCUGGAUGAGGUUUUAGUUGUAACCAUGAAGAGUGGCAUGGAGGGUUCCAUUGAAUUUUCGAUAAAUUUACUGAAAAGUGUUGUUCUGUCUGCAAAUCCACUCUUCAUGAGAUCAGAAUUCUUACAAACAAUUUCGUUUUUGCAUAAGGUUAAUAGCGCGUUAACCAACUCCUUCUUUGACGAAUUUGAAAACUCAAAGAUACUGCCAUUAAGCGGAAAUGUCAACGCUACUGAUCAAGAGAAAAUGUCUCUGGUCUUCACCGAAUGGGUCAAACUACUUCAGAGGGUCCCGGAUGACGAUAUAAGUGUAGUGGUUUUCAUUCGACAAAUGAUUGAGAAAGGUGUCUUGAGCUCAACGGAAGGAAUGGUUAAAUUUACUAACGCAGCUCUAGAACUAUCUGUUAGUUCCUUCAAAGAAAGUGAUCCUACCAGCGACGUAUUCAUCGCCACUGAUGCUUUUAGCAAACUAAUCGUAAAACUUUUGAUACUACAAGAAUUCACAGAUAUGACACGCGCAGACUAUUUUAAGCUCAUGAUUUCUGUUAUCACUAUGGUCAUUUCCGAGGAUCAUGGUCGCAUGCGCGAAGGUUUCAAUGAGAGGCCCUAUUUCAGGUUGAUUUCGAGCCUCCUUUGUGAGUGGGAGUGUGUGAGUGGCCAUAACUUCAUCAAAAUGGGAGAUCAACAAUGCAGGUCAGAGUUGGUGGAAUUCAACUUUGAUUUCUACAAUAUCAUUGCCUCUUUCCUACAUUCAACACAACCAAUAGCCUUUCCAGGGUUUUCAUUUGCGUGGAUAACUCUGAUAUCUCACAGGAUGUUUCUACCAAAGAUGUUAAGAUUACCAGAAAAAGCUGGUUGGGCAAAGCUUGUCCUAUUGUUCACCGAUCUACUAAAAUUCAUGGCACAGUACACCAAGAAGAACGAUGUUCCAGAUGCAGUCUCCGUUGUUUACAAAGGCGCAUUGAGGAUAUUUUUAGCGGUAGCCAAUGAUGCACCGGGCUUUUUGGUAGAGAAUCACUAUGAACUGCUGAACAACUUGCCCCAUGUUUACAUGCAGCUGAGAAACAUUAUUUUGAGUGCGAUUCCAAAAAAUUUGGUCGUACCAAACCCUUACGACCCUAAUCUGGUUAUAGACGAUGUCAUAGGAUGCCAUGAUGCUCCAACUGUUUUCUACGACCCAGUGCAAGACUUGCAUGCUUUGAAAAAGCCAGUGGACAAUUACUUGAGAAUACCCAGUACUUCUUUACAGAGAGCUAUAACCACUGGCAUCUUUAAGCCCGAAUACCAGAAGGAUAACGGUAUCGGUUAUGAUACAGUUUCGGUCGACACAAAAUUGAUAAACGCUAUCGUUUUCCAUGUAGGAAUUGAAGCUGCUUUAGAAAAGCACAAAACUACGGCCACUGCAAUUUUCAACACGAAAUCGUCCUAUUACACGUUAUUGGCAAGUUUACUGAAUGAUGGCAACAGCGAAGUGAGGUUUCACGUAGUACAAGCCAUCGCAAACCAGCUGCGUUAUCCAAAUGCCCAUACACAUUGGUUCAAUUAUGUGCUGAAAAAUUUUUUCUUUGCCGAAGACUGGGGUUCGAAUAAAGCUGAGAUUCAAGAGAUUAUCGUUAGAACACUUCUUGAGCGCAUCGUCACAAAUAAACCUCAUUGCUGGGGGGCAGUUGUGACAUUUGCAGACCUGUUAAAAGCGCCUGGCGCCUCCAUUACCACCUUUCAGUUUAUUAAAGAUGUUCCAGAAGUCGAGUUAAUUAUCAAACACCUUUCCAAGUAUAUUGUGAGCUCCCAGGAAGUUGUAGAUACCAACGAAGACGGGGUAUUGGUGGCUUCUGAAGCUUGA